CACUAAGAAUAAACAAUGAAACUAACUCGGAAACUUGUUCUCGCUCGGGCCAAAGCGUCAGAUCUCGAAAGCGUGAAAAAAUUGAACUGCUGGGGUUGCAAUCUGACUGACAUAUCAAUAUUCUCCGAGAUUCCUAAUAUUGAGGUUCUAACUUUAAGUGCCAAUAAAAUCUCCUCUCUGGAACACAUCACAAACUGUCAGAAUCUGACCGAGCUGUAUUUAAGGCGGAAUGACAUUCAAAAUCUGUCUGAACUACGGCACCUAAAAAACCUGGCCUGCCUUAAGGUUCUGUGGUUGGCAGAGAACCCGUGCUGUGAGAUCGACCCAGUGAAGUACCGUCUGACUGUGCUGAGAACCCUGCCUGGCCUACACAAACUGGACAAUCAGGCUGUGACUGAAGAAGAGCUUGCGCUUGCUUCAGACGAAGGAGAGGAAAUCGUCACCCCUCCAGACCCCACAUCAACUUGUUCCACCAAUGGGCUCACAGAAGCAGACUCGGAGAGUGACCCCUUAAAUUUCAGUAUGGAAGAGACCAAUAAAAUCCGUGCUCAGUUGGGGAUGAAGCCGUUGCCUCGAGAUAAAUUUCCAUCAUUUUCUUCUCCGAGAGAAGCUGGAGCACCCGUAAAGAAAAAAAGCCACACUCUGGAAGCCGUGCUGUUACUCCUGAAGGAUCUGAACAUGGAGGAGCUCAAAAUGGUCCAACGUGCUACAGAGAACAAACUCAAAGCUUGCAGUCGACAAAAAGAGAAACAGAAAAUCCAAGUUACUGAGCACUGAACGUACACUUUUACAGUACGCAGAACAAGCAGCAGUGUAACCGAACAGCUAGAAAUCUGUCAUUAAAAAAAAACUAAAAUUUA